AUGAGCUGUGUCUGUUGUGGUUUUGCUCCUAUUGGUCAAUUCGUCCACAUCUUGCGUGCGCCUCCGCUGUUUGUGCUCGACUGGCGUCUGUGCGUGGACGAGGGCGAGCCGGUCGGUGCUUUAAAAAACUCCUUCGGAAAGCAGGAACGAGCCUCAGUCAUGCGGCAUUCUGAUCAUUCCUCCUCCUUUAACUCUAAGUCCCUCGAAGGGCCGGCGGCUGUACCUGGAAUCGUUAGUCAGAUGAGUCCCGCCCUCCGGCCUCCGGCCCCGUCCGCCACGUCACACGCCGGAGAAAUGACUCGGCCCCAAAGACCUCUGACGGCGGGGGGGGUGUUUACAUUUUUGCGUCCCUGUCUCCUGAACUGCCGGGGUCGAAGCGGGCCGGUGGCCUCGGGGCAGAUCCUCGUCACCAAACCGGUUUCUGCCGCGUCCCGGAGCCGUAAAUCUGCCGCUUAUCUCCCAGAAACCUGCACGUAUCUCGUUCUGUUCUGGAAUGGGCGUUUAAUUGGCCCCCACUGGAUUGACGAGGGGUGCAGGUCAGACUCGCAGGGAGCGGGAAUAAAAGCCUUAAAAGCCGAGGGUUUUCCGGGCCCGUGGAAUUCUUUAUCGCCGCCGUCGGGGGGGGGCCGAGAGCGUCUCCAUCUGAAGGUCGGCGGGACGCGCGUCGGCUGGAACCGCUUCCCUUUUUUCCACCGGUCCUGCCAAGGUUUUAAAGCGGCGGGGGGGUCCAGUAAAGGCGCCCGGGCGCGCGCUCUAAUUGGGUGCUUUGUCUGGCUGCCGGCCCCCGGACCCGCCGCCGCCCUCAGCCCACGGACCCCCCCCGUCCCGCAGGAGUACCCCGAGACCGCGGACCCGGACAGCGCCCGCCAAACCGCCCACGCCCCGGAGAGAGGAGCCCCCAGGACCCCCGUUUCCGAGGAUAGCCCCCCCCCGGAGGACCACACGCCGGACUCUACACGGACCGCCACCCCCCGGGGUCAGAGGGGACCGGAGCCCACGGCGGCCGCCGGGCCCCUGAGGAACCAGGCCGGGACCCGGUUGGGGACCAGAGCUCUGGGCCCCACCCAGGGGGGGCCGACCCGGGGGGGCCCAGCCCCCGCCGAGGGCCCGGGUCCGGGGCCGGGGGCCGGCCUGGACGGGCUCCUGGAGGAGGAGAUGUUUUUGGACGCGCACCCCCGGGUGCUGUUCUCGCCGGGGGGGGGGAACCGGCCCCGGGACCGGAGCCCCGCCCCUUUCUGGGCCGCCCGCCCCCCCCAGGCGGCUCCGCGCCCGGUCAGGAGGGACAAGCGCUCGCACCUGAUGGACCGCAAGCGGGGGGAGAAGUCGGUGUGCGAGGCGGAGAGCAGCUGGGUGGUGGACAAGCGGUCGGCCAUCGACAUGCGGGGCCAGAACGUCAGCAUCCUGCAGGAGAUCCAGACCCAGACCGGGCCCCUCAAGCAGUACUUCUACGAGACCCGGUGCCGGCAGGCCGAGCAGCACCCGCACCGGGGGGGCGGGGCCAGGGGGGGGUCGGCGGGGGCGGCGGGGGGGCGGUCGGCGGGCACGGGCGUGGCGGGCGGCGGCUGCCUGGGCGUGGACAGGAAGCAGUGGCAGAGCGAGUGCAAGGCCCGGCAGUCGUUCGUCCGCGCGCUGACCCGCGACGCCCAGAACCGGACCGGCUGGAGGUGGAUCCGGAUAGACUCGUCCUGCGUCUGCGUGCUGCUGUCCCGGACCGGCCAGGGGAAGGAGGUCCUGGCGAAAGGGGGCAGGGGCUGA